AUGAGUUCAAAUCCAAGCACUAGUAGCAGUGGUGGUGGAAGUAGUGGCGGUGGCGGCGGUGGUGGUGGUGGUGGGCCUUGUGGUGCUUGCAAAUUCUUGAGGAGGAAAUGUGUGGCAGGGUGCAUAUUUGCACCCCAUUUCGACUCUGAUCAAGGUGCCGCCCAUUUCGCGGCGGUGCACAAGGUGUUUGGAGCCAGUAAUGUCUCCAAACUGCUUUUGCAUCUUCCGGCUCAACGGCGGCACGAUGCGGUGGUCACCAUUUGUUAUGAAGCUCAGGCCAGGCUUAGAGACCCCAUCUAUGGCUGUGUUUCUCACAUUUUUGCUCUUCAACAACAGGUGGUGAAUUUACAAGCGGAACUGGCGUAUUUCCAAGCACACCUAGCAAGCCUAGAGGGUCCAACUCCUCCGCCACCUCCGCCACCUCAUUCAUCGGUUCCGCCACCAGGUUUAACCAUCAACGACCUUACAACCGCCUCAUCGGUCCUUGGUGCCUAUGAUUUGUCAUCACUGCUUGAACCAAUGGUAGCACCACCUUCGUGGACUAUGCAACCAACAAGAAGGCAGAUGGAUCCCGACCGUCAAUUCGUGAGUCGUAGUGCCACCAGAUCUUUGACGGACUUGCCACCAUCACAGGGCGGCACUGAUGACCUGCAAGAGCUCGCUAGGGAGCUGUUGCAUAGGCCAAGUAGGGUGAGUUCAGGAUCAGUGCCAUGCAAAGCUGAACAUUCAUCUUUGCCACCACAUAAUGGAUGA